AUGGUUAGGUUUUCAUGCUUUCUUGCUCACGUCCACUCUCACAAGCAGAAGAAAUCAGUUCAUCUAUCUGCUGAAGCCAUGCAGAAGCCAGUGGAAGACACUUCUCGUAAUCAGUCAUCAACAAGUUCAUCAUAUCCAGCAAUGAAAAAUACAUCAUAUUUGAAGGAAGAGACGGACCCACUCAUUAAUACUACAGAAGACAGUGGAAGACACUUCUCGAAAUCAGUCAUCAACAAGUUCAUCAUAUCCAGCAAUGAAAAAUACAUCAUAUUUGAAGGAAGAGACGGACCCACUCAUUAA